AUGUCGGCUUAUCAGGAAACACUCCAAAAAAUCUUCAGACCUACAAAAUGUACUGCUGCUUCAACAUUCACUGUGUUCAACACAGAUGAUUUAACUGAAGCCGCUAAACUCACAAAAGUUUAUUAUGACAAAGCCAAUAGUAGCUCAUUGCAAGCAGCACUUGACCAAGCUGUCGAAGAUUGUAAAACCAAGGAUGUGGAAUUGGUUCAUUACUCUAUAAUGACUUUUAUUUCUCAUUAUCCUGAAGCUAGAAAACAAGGACUUCGAGUUCCAUCUUUGGCCGCUCGUCAUCCAAACCUUUUUGCUCAAUGUGGAACAGCUACAGGUGAUGAAAAACUUCUUGAUUAUUGGCGUGAAGAUCCAAAUAUGAAUGAACAUCAUGAACAUUGGCAUAUUUUAUACGCAAAUGUUCCAAUGCCUAAUCCUGAUCCAACCAAAUCCAAUGAGACUUAUAUGAAAGAUCGAUUCGGUGAACUUUUUGUUUAUAUGCAUAGACAAAUGAAUGCUAGAUAUAUUGCUGAACGUCUUAGUGUUGGUUUAAAUGUUACAAAACCUUUGGAAGAUUUUAAUGAAGUUAUUCCAGAGGGUUAUACUCCUUCAAAACACUUAAAAACUCAAACUACAGACGGUAGUGCUGGUAAAGAUUAUGCCGCUCGUCCUGUUGGUAAAACAAUGAGUAUGGGUGAUAAUACAUCUCCGGGUAGUGAUUUUACGGUAGCUAAAGUGACAAAAGUCCGUGAACUUAUUAAAAAAUCUAUUGAAACCGCAUCACCACAUAGUAGCGGUUACUUUUUGGACGAAAAUGGUAAACAAAUUGAACCAAUUGUUGCUGAUAAGCUGGGUCUUGCAAUUGAAUCUGGUCUUAAGGGCAAAUUCGACAACCUUAGCAUGUAUACUCCUUUUCAUACUUCUGGGCAUGUUAUAUUAGGGACUACUAGCAAUGGUGUAAUGGGUGACGUUCGUGUUGCGUGUCGAGAUCCGAUUUUCUGGAGAUGGCAUAGACAUGUCGAUCAAAUAUAUAAACGUUAUCAAGAAAAACUAGGUCCAAAUAAGUUUGAUGACUGCCCACCCGUAAAGAUUUCAUCUGCAGAUAUUUCUCUCGCUUUCAAAGAAGAUAUAGGAAAAGAUAUAAAAGAACUCAAACAAUUAGUGGACCCUACGCAAGAUGAAACUGUAAUGAAAUGGGGUCAAACCAAUUUUGGUGCUCAUUCUACCACUGAAUUACAUACUAAGAUGGCAAAAAGAAUGUUUACUUAUGCUGAAGAUGAUCAAUCUUCACAAGAAAUUCAAUUCAUUUUUCCAAAAGAAUGGUAUUAUUUCUUCCGUGUUGAGAACACUUCUAAUCAGAACAUCACUGUUACUUUCCGUGUCUUCAUUGCUCCUGAACAACGAUGUAAUGAAUUUAACGAUUGGAUUGAAAUGGAUAAAUUCAAACAAGCUCUCCCCGCAAAAUCCAAGAUCGUUGUAGCACGUGAUUGUGAUCGUUCAUCAGUAGUGAGACAACCUCCACAAAAAACUAUUAAUACAUUAGAUGACACAGAUAUAGCUCGUCAAGACGCUAGCAAAUACAAUAAAAGAGCUCAAGAAGUUUCUGCAGACAGGCUAGAUGAGAAUUACUGUGAUUGCGGUUGGCCGUUCCCUCUACUAUUACCUCGCGGUACACGUGAAGGAAUGAAGUUUAAAUUAUUUGUAUUUAUUAGUAACUGGGAAUUAGAUAAAAUUCCUGAGCAGGAUACUAGAUGUGGUAGUUUGAGUUUUUGUGGUGCAAGAAAUCUAAAGGAUAAAUAUCCUGAUCUUCGUCCAAUGGGUUAUCCAUUUGAUCGACCUUUCAAGGACG